UCAUGCGGUAUGAGACGCACUCAAGAAUGCAUAUGCCCAAGACUAGCAAGAACGAGAAUUUACACUACGGCAAUAGAUAACUUAUCUUCGAAAAGAAGAUGAUAAAACCAUUACAGACCACAUUCGUACAUUCAAAGGCCUAUGUGACAAUCUAGCAGCUAUUGGAAAACCUGUUCCAGACCAAGAAAAAGUCUUCUGUCUUCUCACCAGUCUUGGUCCUCAAUAUGAAACUUUCACAACAACCAUGUUGAAGCCCCCACGACCAUCAUACUCUGAGUUGGUUUCUCAACUCCAAAAUUUUGAUCAAAGGCGCAAUUGGUUUUCUAGUCAUACAGAUGUACCGGCCUCAUCUCUCACUCAUCAAAUGACAUUCUAUGGUCAACAGCAGCAACGAUCUCAGCAAACUUCCUCAGGCUAUCGUGGAACCCCACAGAAGUUCACAUCCAGUGGGCGUGGAUUCCAGGCACAACAACAACAACAUAAGGACUCCAAUCGGAGCUACACAAACAACCCUCCUUUUGCCAAUUCACAGCACCGUCCUCCACCACCAGGUGAGCGUCGCAUGACUCCUGCAGAGAGGGAUAAAUACCGUGACCAACAGUGUCAAUACUGUGGGAUAAUGGGUCAUGUUGCAAAGAUCUGCUGGUGGGUACCCAAAAAAUUUACUCAUCAUGAUGAAAUCCCACAAGCACUUGCAGCACUUACCUUGGACAACACCAUCGCAAAUACAGAAUGGACAACAGACACUGGAGCUUCCAAUCAUAUGACAGGAUCGGGAAACAGGACAACCAAUGAUAACAGGGAGACGCAGGGGUGAUCUUUAUGUUCUACCAUCUUCGCCAGAACUAUAUUUUUCUCAUCGCUUCAAAUCCGGCACUGCAGAAGUUUGGCACCAACGCUUAGGCCAUCCUCAGUCUUCGGCUUUACAGUUAUUAAAAAAUAAGGGGCUAAUUGAUCUUUUAGGGGCAACAAAAUCUCAACAUCUUUGUGAUAGUUGUCAAUUAGGGAAGCUUAGUCGUUUACCUUUCUCUUGUUCUAAACAUUCAAGUUCUAGUAUUUUUGAAAAAAUUCAUUGUGAUUUAUGGGGACCCGCUCCUGUUUUAUCUAUUGCAAAAUUCAGAUAUUAUGCUUGUUUGGUUGAUGACUUCUCUAAAUAUACAUGGAUUAUUCCCUUACGUCAUAAAUCUGAUUUUUUUAAUGCAUACUUGGCAUUUGAAAAAUACGUUGCCAGGCAGUUCAACAAACAAAUUAAAAUUUUCCAUUCAGAUGGAGGCGGUGAGUUCAUCAACUCCAAACUUUCAACUCACUUUCUUUCCACAGGCAUUAUUCAUCAGAUAUCUUCCUCGUAUACACCUGAGCAGACUGGUGUGGUUGAAAGACGACACAGGACUUUAAGAGA